CUCCCCUGCAUACUAUACGUUCGCCGCAGCGGUGCCCGUUUGUUUCCGUAUUUCCUCCGAGACGAGGCGUCCGACGUUCGCCUCGGAGCUCUCUCGUUUGUUUAUUUUUUCGUUUUUUUUUUUUACAUUAUUCCCCCGCCGUAAAAAUAAGUUUAAAUAAUUCUAAAAAAAAAAAAAAAUAAAUAAAUUAAUAAAAAAAAUCUAGACAAUUCAAAUAACUGUUCGAUCGCCAUACAGGAAACAGGAAUAUUUCUACUAUUGUUUUAUAUGUGAUAUUAUAACAUUGAUAUUAAUCACCGGAACUGAUAACUUCAUAAUAUUAUGGUCAAUUUUCCGCAGGCACGCGCGCGCGUGUGAGUGUUUUUUAAGAAGUAUAUAUAGGUAAGUCGGCCGAGGUAUAUCAAUAAAUAUAUACCAUAUAUAUAUGUUCAUGCGAUAACAUCGUAUUGUCGUCCAACACCCACGUAUAUACGUCGCGAUGUGAUCAUGACGACAGUGAAACGAAAAGCGUCAUUAUAACUUUAAACGUGGUUCGGUGGCGAGCCGGGCCGGGGCCAUGGACAGGGCCGACCGGCUAGCCCGGAGCUUGGAGUUGGAGAAGGCCUACGUGCACGACACAUACCAGGAGAUGUACCAGCCCGCGCACAAGACCAAACCGUGGCCGAAGGUGACGCAGUUCCUGCACGACUUGGAGCCCGGAUCACUGGUGUGCGACAUCGGUUGUGGUACAGGAAAAUAUUUGUCGACCAACCCGCAUGUGUUCAAAGUAGGGGUUGAUCGUUGCCUGAGGUUAACUGAAAUAGCUAGAAGUCGAGACAGUGAAGUAUUGGUGUGUGACAAUCUAACCUUGCCAUUCAAAGACUGUAGUUUAGAUGCGGUAUUAUCUAUAGCUGUUAUUCAUCAUUUUUCGACAACAGAAAGACGUGUGUGUGCUUUACGAGAACUAGCCAGGGUACUUAGAAUUGGUGGUCGUAUAAUAAUUACAGUGUGGGCCAUGGAACGACGCCAUAGAAAAUUUGAAUCUCAAGAUGUUCUAAUGCCUUGGCACAAACCCUGUAGAAAUUUAGAAAGUGAAUCUACAGAGUUUUCUACAACCACAACCACGUCUGAUGAAGAAUACAUUAGUACGAGAAAAAAAUCUAAUUCCGAUUCAACAACGAGUACCAAAAUGUGUUGUGAAAGAAAAAAUAAGCGUAAAGAACAAUCAAACUGGAGAAAAGGAAUAACGAGUUCCCCGAGUAGUUCUAGUUUAUCAAGUCCAGGGACUGAAACUUGUUAUAGCUUUGUUCGGAAAGCAAUACAGAAGCUUGCCGGUUCAACUAAGCGAGGUAAAGUAUCAUCAAAACCAUGGUUUGUUAGUUCUUGGACUUCACUUUAUGGUACUGAAUUGCCGCCAGUACUGCGUUCGGAUCCCGAAGGAUGCGAGACUUGUAACGAAGACGUACUAAAUGUUCCUAUAGAACUUAGACGAAUGGAAGAUUCACCAGACUCAAUACCGCUAUUCAAUCGAACUCCUACGCACAAAUCUAAGAGUUUAAGCGAUAUCAAAAACACAGCAGAAAAACGGAUGGUACGAUCGAGGUCAAGUAUACCGGAAUUGGAAAAAUCAAUGCCACUAACACAUUCAAAGCCUAAAUUAGUAAAACAAAAACAAUCGUUAUGUGAUGAAGAUGCAGAAGAAGAUAGGGAUAAAGCUACUGACAUGAAAGAUUUGGUUAAUAAGUUACCUCAAUUUGAUGUUUGCAGUGGUUCAAGAAGAUAUAGAUAUAAAAGUAAUGAAAUCAAACAAAGAUCUAUGAAUGAAGAACUUAUGUCAGUAGAAAGGCUCAAAGAAAAAGAAAUCGUACAAAAGAACAUCCAGAGGCAAGCAUCGUUAAAUGAAGAACUUAUGUAUAGCACACGUACUUUGGAAUCUAUUAAAGAUACAUUACAAUUGCUCAAAACAGGAUUCACAAAAACGUUUAAAAAUCCAUCCAGUCAGGUAUCUGACAACAUUAAAAGUGGACUUAGUAGAAUGCUAGGGUAUAAGGAAGGUUGUGAGGAAAAGGUUAGUGAUGAAAAAAAAAUAGAAAUGCCAGUUCCCGCAUUGGUAACAACAACGUGUUGUGACGGACGUAGAAGUUCCCGUGAAGAUGGGUCUUCUGAAGAUUCAUCAAAAGACAGUUUACAGAGUGAUGCUAGUGUUGAUUCUGAGGACAGUCUCAGUAGUUUAGCUUCUGUUAUAUUUGUUAAUGCCACCGGUGGAUCUGACAAGACAUGUUCUCCACCAUUAGUCGAACAACAAGCACGAACAGCUCCGUGCACACCCACUGCUAAAUCUCAAAGUCAAUACAGGUCAUCUUCACACCCAAACACGCCAAAAACAGCGCCUAUACACCCAUCUCAUUUUAAAUUACCGGCUAGGUUCAACUCUCAAAAUGGAAAUGAGCCGUAUCAGUUAAAUUUAUCAACAGAACAACAAGUUGACGAUAUUUUGAAGCCAAUCAAAUUAUCACCUGUGAAAACAGCUAUUGAAAUGAAGCUUAAAAGAGAACAAGAAAAAGAUCAAGAAUUAGAACGUAGAGAUCAUGUUUGUGAAGGUGGAGAUCAUAAUGCACGGCCUAAAGAGAGAAUUAGUGCAGAAAAGCUUAAACAAAUUCAAGAUCUUCUUUUAAAUACUAAACCAGUAACUGGACGUAAUCGUCUACCAAGAGCAGAUCGAACUUUUUCUGGUUUACGAGGAAGACAUUUCAUUAAAACAGUUGAAGAAACAUUUCAUCCAGAAAUCGACGAUGUAGAUAGUGAUGCUGAAUCAUCAUCCUCUGAUUCUGUUAGCAGUGUUAUAAGUGUAGUAGUGGAAGAUGAACGCAAAAUUACAGACAUCGAGCUAGAAGAAUCUUUUGACGUAAAAACACCUACAGGACCUGAGUAUGAAAUUCCAACGGAAUAUAGUCAUUUAGAACAAGCAUGUUCUUUAGAAUCUGCCGUAAUUACAAAAGAUUCGAACAAUAAAGAAGAUCUUAACCCUAAAAAAGAUCCCAGUCCUAAAGAAGAUCCCAGCCCUAAAGAAGAUACCAGUCCGAAAGAAGACAUCAGUCCAAAAGAAGAUCCCAGACCAAAAGAAGAUCUUAACCCGAAAGAAAAUCCCUGCCCGAAAGAAAAUCCUAGCCCCAAAAAAGAUCCUAGUCCAAAAGAAGAUCACAGCUUAACAGAAAGUCCUAAUCCAAAUGAAGACCAUAACCUUAAAGACGAUCAACCAAAUCAUACUAACCGAUGGAGUCUGCAAGAGCAUCCAAACAAAGGCACGGCAGUUCGAAACAGUCCAAGUCUCGGUUCAAUACCAAAACAUAAAAGGGCUAGUAAGUGUUCUAAAGACGAACUUUCAGAUUUACCUGAAACGUGGGACGAGGAAUGUCAAAAGCAUCUCGUGGACUUUGCUGAAAGAUUAAACAAAGAACUGCGGGCGGCAAUAGGAAUGGAGCCAACAGAAGAACCAAAGAAGGCACGCGACGAUGUAGGAGACAAACCUGAAAAGGUUGAGCUGAUGCAAUAUCUGCACCAGCUUAUGCGACCCGACGAAAUAUUAUCGGACCCGUCAUCUUCCGACGGACAGCCAGAGGAAGAACCACUGGACUACCACCGAAUCGAAAUACUGGCCGGAUCCGAGGCGCCUCGCCGGCCCAGCAUUUCCGUUGAGACACAAGACUCUGUGGACAAGGUCCUGCGGAGCCGUGAAGGGUUCCGGUCGCGGCUCUAUCGUAAGUCAGUGGAGUCAGCCGAAGACCGGCACGCGUCCCUGGAGCUAGAGUGUGACUCGAGGCGCGACACGGUUUCCAGCAGCCAGGUAUCGCUUCUUCGACCUGGUAACUCACUUGAAUCUAACGAUACUGCAGACACACACACCACUACGCAGAGUACGACUUCACUGACAUCGUGGAGUGACUGUAGUAAGGACACAAGGUUCGCGGAUCGGAGACAGGCGCGGUGCGAUGGCCGAUCGUCGUCGGAGGAAACAGAUCCUAGGCGAGCCGCCGUCCUGGUUCGUCAGCACGCAGCCGUCGAGAUCCAAGAAACGUCCAAGAGCGACGACACGUGCAGCUUAUCCACCUCACAAGAAUCUCUGUCUGAACACGGGGGUGGAUCUAUAACGUUCCACAGGUACUACCACGUGUUUAGAGAGGGUGAACUCGACCAGCUGAUCGAAAAACAUGCUGAUAAUUUACACAUUAUUUCUUCGUAUUAUGACCAAUCAAAUUGGUGUGUUAUCGCUGAAAAAGUACAGGUGUGGACUAUUUAGUGAUGCGUUUGAAAAGAAAAUAUUUCACUAAGAUUUUUAAAAUAAUUUCAAAACCGUAUAAGUGGGUAUCUAAAAGUAAAACCUACUUGGCUUUAAGGCACAUGUAUCCAAUAAUAAUAUUGUUGUAGAUGUAUGUCAAUGACGUAGCUACCAAGGGGCAAAAAGGCAGCUGCCCAGGGCGUAAACAUUUUUCGGAGGCAAAAAUAUUUGUCGGUGCGCCUUUACGUGUAAUUAUACCACUGAUGUGUGUAUAUAUUACAUGUAUUCACAUAUAUAAUAUAUACUGUUUUUUGGAUGACAAUUGUACGAAAAUACAAUUUUUAUUUCAUGUUGUUGUGGUGUUUUUUAGCUCAUUAUUUACAUAUAAUAUAUUAUAAUAAUUCAUUUUCGAUACCCAACUAUAAUAUCCCUAUAACUACGUUACAUAAGCUGCUUAGCUUUAUUUAAAUAGAUCUAAUUAUGUCUAGUUUCCAUGUUAAAAAUUGAAUCACAAUGUACAAAUAAUAUUUUUAUUCGGACCUAUAUGACAUAAAUUUAAAGCAAUUUUUCUAAGCCACUAUUGCUUAACUAUAACUAUAGGUAUAUUAGUAGUUCUAUACUUGACUAUUUUCUGAAGAUAUGAGGACAUGAUAUCCUUUCCACCAUUCGAUUAUGUGUCAUAGGUAUUUAUUGUAACAUUAUUAUUAUUAAUUAGUCAUAAAUCUUUGAAUUUAUGAUCCAUUAUAACACCCCUUUAUUAUUAUAGUUGAUGUUCCGUUCCUGCAGUUAAUUCUAAAUGUACCUAUUCCUAACGAAUGAUAUUAAUUUUUUUUUUCUUUUUGCUAAUACAAUCUAAUAUGAUGCAUAAUUUAUAUAAUAACUAAUAAGUACAGUAGAACUCCGAUUAUCUGAACGCCUAUCAACCGUCCAAUUAACCGGACGAGAAAAAAGAUUUAACGGCUUAAAAAUUUCUUUUAAAAUAUGUUAUUGUAUUUAUAGCUUAUUCUUUUUCAAUUAAAUAUUAUAAUAAAAUUAUUUGUUUGUUGUUACAAAUUUUAAAUUAUAGUGCAUACAUAUUAAUAAUAAAUACAUACAUACAAUAUAUUCAUACAAUUAUAUAAUUAUAUAAUUUUUAAUAUGUCAUAUACCAAUCAUUUGGAUAUUUGCUUAUCCGGACCACCCUUGACAUUAAUUAGUCCGGAUAAUCGGAGUUUUACUGUAUAUAGAAAAAUAUUAAACAAUUUACUUUGUAGCAACUAUAACUACUUUUUUACCAUUAAUUAAUUAGAAAAAUUUGAAAUUAAAAUAAGUGCCUGUUUUAAAUUUGUCUCAAUUUUAAAGUACAUAAUCAAGUCACUACACAUAAAUAAGAAUUAAUAAUACUAAUUUUAUUUAAAAAUACAAAUUAUUAUAUAGUACCUAAUAAUAUAUAAGAUCAUAUCGUAAA